UGAUGUUUCUUCAAUCUAUUAGUUUAGACUCGAACAGCCUUUGGCGGUCUUUUGUUGUUUAUUUACUGGCGGGAGAGCGAGUGGGGCCACGCACAGAAAUAUUUCCACCCCUUUCCAAAGGCUCUAGUUGAAGUUACACUGGAUUUUAAGGGUGUUUGUAUGGUUCUAGUGACAUGUUAACAAGAUCUGUGGCCUUGGAACAGUCGGGGUGAAAGAACAUUCAGAAUACGUACCGUUUUGUUGUGGCCCUCACAGCUGAUUGUGUUGUUGUGUUGCUGUGUCACCGCAUCAUGGGUAUAUUAGGCCUGUCCAAGCUGAUCGCGGAUGUCGCCCCGUCAGCUGUGAAGGAGAAUGAGAUCAAAAACUUCUUCGGGCGCAAGGUGGCCGUGGACGCUUCCAUGAGUCUCUAUCAGUUCCUGGUGGCGGUGAGGCAGGAGGGACAGAUGCUGACCACGGCUGAUGGAGAGACAACCAGCCACUUGAUGGGGUUCUUCUACCGUACAAUUCGCAUGGUUGAGAAUGGGAUCAAACCGGUUUAUGUGUUUGAUGGCAAGCCGCCCACCAUGAAGGGCGGAGAGCUGGCUAAGCGAAAGGAGCGGAGGGAGGAGGCACAAAAGGCGCUGGAGAAAGCUGAGGAAGCAGGCAAUGCGGAGGACGUGGAGAAAUUCAGCCGUCGUCUGGUGAAGGUGACCAAGACCCACACGGAGGAGGCCAAGACACUGCUGAGGCUGAUGGGAAUCCCGUACGUGGAGGCGCCGUGUGAGGCAGAGGCCCAGUGUGCCGCUCUCGCCAAGGCUGGCAAGGUGUAUGGUGUUGCCACAGAGGACAUGGAUGCACUGACCUUUGGCACACCUAUUCUGCUACGUCACAUGACCUUCAGUGAGGCGAGGAAGAUGCCAAUCAAGGAAUUCCACCUUUCCAGAGUUCUUGAGGGGCUGGAGCUGAAGCAGGAAGAGUUCAUCGACAUGUGCAUCUUGUUGGGGUGUGACUACUGUGACAGCAUCAAGGGGGUAGGCCCCAAGAGAGCCAUUGAACUGAUCCGCAGCCACAAGAGCUUGGAGUCUGUGGUGAAGCAACUGGACCCCAAAAAAUACCCAGUACCCGAGGAUUGGCCCUUUGCCGAAGCAAGGAACCUCUUCAUUGAGCCGGAAGUGACAGACCCGGCAGAUAUAGAGCUGAAGUGGAGUGAGCCGCAGGAGGAGAAGUUGGUGGAGUUUAUGUGUGAAGAGAAGGGUUUCUCCGAGGAACGCAUCCGUAAUGGCAUCAAGAAGCUCACUAAGGCAAGAAACUCCAGCACUCAGGGGCGCCUCGACUCUUUCUUCAAGGUGCUGCCCUCCCCCAACAGCAAUGCCAACAAGAGAAAGUCUGAGGAGAAGCCGGGAGCCGCCAAGAAGGCCAGGGGAGGCAGAGGGAAGUUUGGGAAGGCCCGGUAGAGGAGGAGAAUCUCACUAAGUGGUCUGCAGAACUCUCAAGUCUAACAGUAAUUGGUGAACAGAGUGGAUAACUUAAUCGUUCCCAAUCGUUAAAGUUCUGAGGGUUUCUAAGGGAACGUAAGUCAUUCGAGAGACCUGAUUCUGCCGCAUGUAGUCAAGGUUAAACACCUCAGCCGUUUGUGUUGAAGCUCGAACACUCAGCCUGUUGUUCUGUGUCUCUCUGAUGUUCACUGGUAAUGUUUUUGAUUAAUUUCCAUGUGUAUGUUUGUAUUUGUAAUUAUUUAGUAGUGUUGUUAAGGGUUAAGCAGAGCCCUGAGCUCAUUGAGUGUGUGUAGUGCAGGGAGCCAGAGACCCUCACCUGUACCUUACUCCUUCAUUAAACUGUGACCCCAA